AUGAAAUUGACUAAACCCAGCCUGUGCUUUACACUGACUCUGACUCUUCACACCAUGUUUGUGACAGCAGAAGCUCUUGAUGCCGAGGCUCUGAGAGUGCUGUCAGUGGGGGUCAGAGGUCAGUCCAGCGUCAGCAUUGCUGAUCUUCUGUCUGGAAAUAAAGAGCAGAAACAGAAGGACGGAGAGAUCGUGAAGACUCCAGUAAUGACAGACGAGGGUCGCAGACUGACGCUGGUCACUGGACCAAACCUCUGUGAGGACGACACAGCGAGACAGAACUUCACCACAGCGCUGUUCCUCUCUUCUCCUGGACCUCACGCCGUUUUAAUGCUCCUCCAUCUGGAAGAUCCACAAGCAGAGCUGCCGUGUGAUCUGCUCCAACAAGCCCAGGAGCUGCUGGGAGCAGAAGUCCUGCAGUACUGCAUUGUUCUUCUGCAGCCAAACCAGCAGGAACGCUUGACAGGAGCGUCCAGAGGGAUCGCUGGAGACAUGAUCAACGCAUGUGGAGGAAGAUUUCACAUCAUACCAGACGCUCAGACCAAACCUGCAGCUCUCCUGGAGGAAAUAGACAAGCUGGUUCAGCUUAAUGAUCACAGAUUUCUCUCAGUAUUGACAGAUUCAAAACCAAGUCAAUAUGCAAAUGGUAAAAAUGAUCUUUUGUCUGUAAUAUACGACACUUUAGGAGGAGCAGUUGGGACUGGAGGAUUGGUUUUCUGCAUUUCUCUCACCGCUUUCAUCGUUCACACUGAAGCAAAGAUCUUGAUGUUAAACGAUGCGGCUAAAGUGUGCGGAUUCUAUAUUUAUCUAUAUAGUUUCAGGUUUGCUUACAUGCUACAAUAUAAGAUGACACUGACUAAACCCAGCCUGUGCUUUACACUGACUCUGACUCUUCACACCAUGUUUGUGACAGCAGAAGCUCUUGAUGCCGAGGCUCUGAGAGUGCUGUCAGUGGGGGUCAGAGGUCAGUCCAGCGUCAGCAUUGCUGAUCUUCUGUCUGGAAAUAAAGAGCAGAAACAGAAGGACGGAGAGAUCGUGAAGACUCCAGUAAUGAUAGACGAGGGUCGCAGACUGACGCUGGUCACUGGACCAAACCUCUGUGAGGAGGACACAGCGAGACAGAACUUCACCACAGCGCUGUUCCUCUCGUCUCCUGGACCUCACGCCGUUUUAAUGCUCCUCCAUCUGGAAGAUCCACAAGCAGAGCCGCCGUGUGAUCUGCUCCAACAAGCCCAGGAGCUGCUGGGAGAAGAAGUCCUGCAGUACUGCAUUGUUCUUCUGCAGCCAAACCAGCAGGAACGCUUGACAGGAGCGUCCAGAGGGAUCGCUGGAGACAUGAUCAACGCAUGUGGAGGAAGAUUUCACAUCAUACCAGAUGCUCAGACCAAACCUGCAGCUCUCCUGGAGGAAAUAGACAAGCUGGUUCAGCUUAAUGAUCACAGAUUUCUCUCAGUAUUGACAGAUUCAAAACCGAGUCAAUAUGCAAAUGGUAAAAUUGAUCUUUUGUCUGUAAUAUACGACUCUUUAGGAGGAGCAGUUGGGACUGGAGGAUUGGUUUUCUGCAUUUCUCUCACCGCUUUCGUCGUUCACACUGAAGCAAAGAUCCCAAUGUUAAACGAUGCGGCUAAAGUGUGCGGAUUUGUAUUGUUUAUGUUCUAUCUAAGACAUUUUCUGCGUCCAGAUGUAGCUAUAGUGCUGAAUUUGGCUUUGUUAGCAUCACUAGCAAAUAUGCCAUUUGAAAAGGUUUGGACACCCUAA